AUGAAGACGUUUCUGAUGAUGUAUAUAAGGAGCAACCUAAACUGUGCUGAGCCAUUGUUUGAGAUGAAUAACUCACUUAAGGUUAAUUUCAACACAAACAGGAAAACAGUCUGGCUUUUUCAUGGAUACAGACCAAUGGGCUCCACUCCAUCAUGGCUUCAGAACUUUCUGAGGAUUCUGUUGAAUCAUGAUGAUAUGAAUAUAAUUAUAGUAGACUGGAACUGGGGUGCUACAACUUUUUUUUACAAUAGAGCAGUUAAGAACACCAGAAAGGUUGCUGUGAGUUUGAGUAGGUACAUUCAGAACCUCUUGAUAAGUGGAAUUUUAUCAUAUAAGCAUGGGGCAUCCCUUGAUAGUUUUCAUUUCAUAGGUGUGAUCUUAGGGGCUCAUAUUAGUGGAUUUGUUGGAAAGAUAUUUCAAGGUCAACUUGGAAGAAUAACAGGUCUUGACCCUGCUGGGCCAAAAUUCUCUGGAAAACCAUCAAAUGGCAGAUUAGAUUACGCUGAUGCAAAGUUUGUAGAUGUCAUCCAUUCUGAUAACAAUGGUUUAGACAUUAAAGAACCCUUGGGACGUAUAGAUUUUUAUCCAAAUGGAGGGAAAAAGCAACCUGGCUGUCCUAAAUCAAUGUUUUCAGAUUAUAAAAUUGGUUCAUAUGUGGAUUGUGACGACUUUAAGAAAAUAUCUUGUCCUCGGCUAGGUUAUCAAGCUGAGCUAUGGAGAGAUGUUUUAAAAGAAAGAAUAGAAAGAAAAUCUCUUAGGACCACUGUGUUUUUGGAUACUACUGGUACAAAUCCAUUCUGUACCUAUUAUUUUGUUCUUAGUAUAAUUGCUCUGAAUAAAACUAUGGAGAAUGGCUAUAUUACAUUUAAAUUAUUGAAUCAGCUUGGAAUGACUGAGUUGCCAAGGCUCUAUGAGAAGAACAAAGCAUUUUAUAAAUUUCAAGAAGUCAAGAUUCUUGCCCAAUUUUUAAAUGAUGUAAAUAUUUCAAGCAUUGCUUUGGCAUAUUUUCAGAGCUCAAAUCAGCAAUGUUCCACAUGCAAAUACCGCAUCCGGUGUCUCAUGUUAAAAUCACUUACGUAUCCAGAAAGGUGCCAAACAUAUGGUGAAGAUGACUCCAUGAUUCCAGCCACUUGGGCCUUUCCAGUUGAGGAGGACUCAGAUCUUGUGGCCAGAGACAAGUCUUCCUCUCGUCUCUGUUCUCACUCCUGA